CCCAUGCGGCUGGCGGCGUGCGAUAGCUGCCGUUGAGCGGCUUGUACCCGUUGCAGUUGUAUAUGUAAAAACAUGCUGAAAGCUCUCUCUAGGCCGUUGUAGGCGUGUCGUCCCAGCUGGAAAUGCCCCAGCGUUCUGAGUGCUGCCUCGAUUGUCUUCUAUGCUUAUUGAACUCCUAUUGAGAACCAGACCACCACACUUAAAAGGUCGAUUUGGCGUGCUUACGAUGGCAUCGAAGACAAACAUUGUGCGCGGUAAGCAUGGACCUCUUGUUGGGGCCAUCGAUCAAGGAACAAGCAGCACUAGAUUUCUGGUUUUCGCGAGCAAGACAUCUGAAUUGAUUGCCUUCCAUCAAACGGAAAUACAGCAGGUUUUUCCAAGCGAUGGAUGGGUGGAAGAAGACCCGCAUGAAAUCGUGGCGUCUGUCCAUGAAUGUAUAGAAAAAACUGUCGAUAAACUAAAGGCGCUCGAGAUUGACCAUCGGGAUAUCGUUGCCCUUGGUGUUGCCAACCAAAGGGAGACAACAAUUGUUUGGGACAAGAACACGGGGAAGCCUCUGUACAAUGCCAUCGUGUGGUUGGAUAACAGGACGGUGGGAACUGUUGAAAGCCUGCUGUCGAAAACCCCAGGCCAUGAUAAAAACUACCUCAAGAGGAAAUGUGGGCUUCCUUUGAGCACCUACUUCAGUGCAGUCAAGCUAAAGUGGCUCAUGGACAAUGUUCCUGAAAUAAAAGAGGCAAUGGAUCAAGGGCGUUGCAUGUUUGGCACAGUGGACUCGUGGCUUAUAUAUAACUUCACAGGAGGGACCAACGGGGGUGUUCAUAUCACUGACGUCACAAACGCAAGUCGAACAAUGCUCAUGGACAUUGAAACAUUGAAGUGGGAUAACUUCCUGUGCAAGUUCUUUGGGGUGCCGAUGUCGAUACUUCCGAAGAUUUGUAGCUCUUCAGAAAUUUAUGGAAGAAUGUGUGAAGGUCCACUUCUUGGGGUUCCCAUUUCAGGGUGCCUCGGAGACCAAAGUGCAGCGCUUGUGGGUCAACUCUGUUUUGACAUCGGUGAAGCAAAAUGCACAUAUGGCACUGGAUGCUUCUUAUUGUGCAACACUGGCCUGGAGACUGGCUUGCAGAUUGUACAGUCCUCGCACGGUCUGCUCACGACUGUCGCCUACAAGCUUGGACCAAAACGUCCUGUCCAAUAUGCUGUUGAGGGGUCUGUGGCGAUUGCGGGAGCUGCUGUUCGGUGGCUGAGGGACAACCUGGGUCUCCUUAACAGCAGCGGUGACAUCGAGAAAGUGGCCCGUACAGUAGGCAGCACCCAUGGUGUGUACUUCGUGCCAGCCUUCUCGGGCCUUUACGCGCCCUACUGGGAGCCAGACGCACGGGGCAUCAUAUGCGGCCUCACGCAGUUCACGACUCGAGCACACAUUGCCAGGGCUACCCUGGAAGCUGUCUGCUUUCAGGUGCGGGAUAUUUUGGAUUCAAUGGAUCGUGACUCGGGGACCCGGCUGAAACAACUUUUAGUCGAUGGUGGCAUGGCAGUCAACGACUUGCUUAUGCAGCUACAAGCCGACUUGCUGGGCAUUCCUGUGGUGCGACCCCAAAUGGCAGAAACAACCGCACUGGGGGCAGCGAUUGCAGCUGGGGCAGCCGAUGGCAUUGAUGUGUGGAGCCUGGACAGCCAAAACUUCCCCAAGGUUACGACUGAUGUUUUUGAACCAUCUAUACUUCCUGCAGAACGUGAACAGCGUUUUGCAAAAUGGAAAGAUGCCGUUUCUCGUUCCAAGCACUGGCAAGAAGUGAAUCCUGAUGAAGCCAAAAAAAAGCAGCAAGGCAAGAGCUGGUGGCUGAUGUCAUCCAUUCCAGCAGGCAUCUUCAUUACAUCGUCAUUUGCCACUCUUUUACUGGCAAAAGCCUGUGCAAAACUUCCGAACUGAGAUGACACUGUGUUAUAGGAAAUUUCUUCAACUUGUUGACUAGCGCAAGUACUUUGCAUUUGUGGAACCGGGAUUAUGUAUUUUUUACAUAGGUUACAUGACUUCCAUUCCCGGUGGUGAUGUGCAAAAAUUUGUCUCAUGUCUAGGAAAAGUAGUUGUUUUAGGUUAACUGAUGCUGUUUUAGGUUAAAUGAUGCUUGCAUUUUUUGUCUCAUUUUUUUUUUAAUUUGCUGUGCUGCCUUUUUUUAUUGCAUGUAGAAUGAGAUUUGGCGUGUUUUGUGAGCGAGUAGUCUCAAAAGCUUUUCUAAUGGGCAUGCUUUAUUUCAAUCUUCUUUCUGCCUUCCUCUGUCACAAUCUUGUUUUGUUUGCUUGUGUGCGUACACCCCUCUUCCAUCAAACCAACAUUCUGUAGCUGUCUUGCGAAGCCUCAAGUGACCUUCUAAGCUGUGAUACGACAGUUACAUAUGGUAUUUACAGUGCUGCUCAUUUUUAAGCACAUUGUUUGUUUUUCUUUGAAUUCAAGUAAAGGUGUGCUUGGUAAAGUAGGGAAUAGGAGGACCAAGAUCUAAUAGGAGCAUGUGAUUUUUUUUUCCUUUCUGAUAAUCCACUUUCCACUUUGGCAUUAAGGCUUUGUUGAGCUGUUGUUGCUGUUUUGAGAUUGUUUGCCUACAGCCUUUCACGAAGCAUACCACAAAUAAACAUUAGUGUUUAAUUUGGGA